AUGGUUAUCAUCCCACUGAACAGCGUAGUCUUCACGCUCUUCUUGGUCCUUUCUCUAAUCGCCGGGACUGCUGCUCAAAGCUCGGCUCAAGCUGGUACCGACACCUCACCAAGCGCAUCACAGGCUUCUGUGCAGGCUUCCUCUCAGGCUUCGCAGGCUGCCUCUCAGACUUCACUGGUAACAUCUCAGACCUCUCAGGCUACUUUCCAGUCUUCUCAGGUCGCCUCUCAGACCUCUCAAGCUAUCUCUCAGGCCGCGUCGCCAAGCACUACUCCGACAAAUUCACAAGCUGCCUCCGCGGCGCCCAUUGUAGUCCCCAACGUCGACGCGGACAAGAAUUUCGUGAUCGGCAAUACUUGUGACCCCGAUCAAAAGAACAUCAUCAAAACCGCCUUUGUCGGGACUGGCACGUUGGCCUUCUAUGGAAUGCUGGAUUGGUCAAAUGCCAAUCUUGGACAAGACCCACCCUUCGUGGAGAAUCUUGGUACCAGCGCUAUUCCGAAUGCUAGCACAGUCGAGAGCGUGUUUAAGGACUAUUCAAGCGCAACCGUGAGUGCUGCUUGGAAGAUCAAUGCGGUUUGCGACAUCAAGAACGAGACAGCGGCAUGUCAAAGUAAACACGUGUAUGGCGGCAUAGGCAGCGAAGACCCCCGGGUGGACCUCAAACCUAAUCUCUACUUUUGUUGGGAAUACUUCCGAUUCCCUCCUCUGAAUGAGGCAGUACAGAUGGGCCUGAGCGAUUCAGUCGACUGGACGCGCCGGUUCAAUAUGGGCUCUUAUCAUGAGAACCAAGCCGAUAACUAUGCUCUUUUUGCGUUGCAGAAGUACGUUUCUCAUCAACUUGGGGAAUCCAAAAGUCUUGGGGCAUCCAACUUUCCAUGGCUUCCUCGUCUCGAAGAUGAUCCGAAUCCCAUCAUUCAGCCUUUUGCUUCGGGAGAUAUCGAGACCUUCCAGGCGACUCAGGAAUUCAGCGCGGAGAGUGAUUCCCAGUGGCAUUACGACGUCGAGCGAUACCAGAAGACAGACACUUUGGACUUCAAGGACCAACUUCCAAAAGAAUCUCAGGCUGAUCUAGAGGAUGCGCCCUGGUCCUUUGGCGCCACCACACCCGAUUUCAAAGCACUUCGUGACAAGUUCUUGGAGGUGUUCAACGAAGCAAAACAGAAAGGCAUGUCCAACCUGGGUGCAUCAAAAGAAUACACAUGUUAUCGCGAGGACAAAUCCGCGUUCCCGGACGCCAUAGCCUUUAAAUUCGACGAAGUGCAGAGUGAAUUGGACAGCUUUUGCAAGAACAAAGUCAACAACUACAUGCUCGCUGGCAAGCCUCUACAUCCGCGCAUCUUCCAAAUCGAUAAGGAAGUCGAGUUGUAUACACCACUCCCGGAUGGUACAAAGGAUCUGUCCUACUAUGUCUCCCCAGGCCCUGAUAGCUUCAUGACAGGGAAGAACUUAUCUGUAUAUUUCGAAGGAAUACAAUCUGACGAGAAAGCUUCACAUUGCAUAGCAACAUACAACGACCUCAUUACACAUGUUGGUUGCUAA